GAAAAAGCCAAGAGAGAAAUGCUUACACAGGGAUCUGUUGAAUCCGUUUUCUCUGAAGUGCAGGAGAAGCAGUUUGUCCUCACCCGGCCACCGUCGCGUCAGCGUUGCGGAGUAUUUUGUCCGCCCACCGCCGCCGUCCCAGAUUAGUCAGAGGACCGUGUGUUUCGGAGGAGCCGGUUGCUGUUACCGGCACCAUGGAGUCCCCUUUUAGUCCGGGACUCCCUCACCGACCGGGUGAAGACUGGGAUUCUGCUCUGUUUGCUGAACUUGGCUAUUUCACAGACACUGAUGACCUGCAGUUGGAUGCAGCACAUGAAACUUAUGAAAACAAUUUUGAUAAUCUUGAUUUUGGUUUGGAUUUAAUGCCAUGGGAGACAGGCAUUUGGGAUAUCAACAACCAAUUCUGUACAGUUAAAGAUGUCAAGGCAGAACCUCAGCCGCUUUCUCCAGCCUCCUCGAGUUGUUCAGUGCCGUCUCCUCAGUCAGUGGACUCGUGUUCUUCAACUCGGCACGUUCCUGAGGACUUGGAUCUGUCUUCUUCUCAGAUGUCUCCUCUUUCCUUAUAUGGUGACGGCGCCAACAGUCCCUCCUCAGCAGAGCCACUAAAAGAAGACAAGCCUGUCAUUGGUCCUAGGAGCAAAACUGAAAAUGGAAUGACUCCAAAGAAAAAAAUUCACAUGAAUUCCAAACCUUCGAUUCAGCCCAAGCCUUUAUUACUUCCAGCAGCACCCAAGGCUCAAACAAACCCCAGCGUCCCAGCAAAAACCAUCAUUAUUCAGACUCUACCAACACUCAUGCCAUUGGCAAAGCAGCAGCCAAUUGUCAGUAUACAUCCUGCAUCCACUAAAGGUCAGACCAUAGUGCUCUCUCCGCCUCCUGUGGUGCAGCUCCAGGCACCUGCAGUUCUGCCCUCGCCCCGGCCCGUCCUCGCCGUCGCAGGGGGAGCCACACAGCUACCUAACCACGUGGUGAACAUAGUACCAUCUCCAGUGGCGAGCAGCCUGGCAAAUGGAAAACUUGCUGUGACUAAACCUGUCCUACAAAGUACCGUGAGAAGUGUAGGUUCAGAUAUUGCUGUGCUAAGGAGACAGCAGCGCAUGAUAAAAAAUCGCGAGUCCGCUUGUCAGUCCCGCAAGAAGAAGAAAGAAUACAUGCUGGGGCUGGAGGCACGGUUACGGGCUGCGCUCUCGGAGAACGAGAAGCUCAAGAAGGAGAACGGGUCGCUGCAGCGGCAGCUGGAUGAAGUCCUCUCGGAGAACCAGAGGCUUAAAGUUCCUAGUCCGAAGCGAAGAGCCGUCUGUGUGAUGAUAGUUCUGGCAUUUAUAAUACUGAACUACGGACCCGUGAGCAUUUUGGAACAGGAUUCCAGGAGAAUGAACCCUAGUGUAAACCCUGCAAAUCAAAGGAGGCAUCUUCUCGGCUUUUCUGCUAAGGAGGUGGAAGACACGUCAGAUGAUGUCAUCCAGAAAAACAGCUACAGAUACGAUCAUUCUGUUUCAAACGACAAAGCCCUGAUGGUGCUAACUGAAGAACCACUGCUCUAUAUUCCUCCUCCUCCUUGUCAGCCACUGAUUAACACCACAGAAUCUCUCAGGUUAAAUCAUGAACUUCGAGGGUGGGUUCAUAGACACGAAGUGGAAAGGACAAAAUCAAGAAGAUUGACGAAUGAUCAACAGAAAAUGCACAUUCUUCAGGGUGCUCUGGAACAGGGCUCAAAUUCUCAGCUCAUGGCUGUCCAAUAUACAGAAACCGCUAGUAUCAGUGGGAACUCAGGGAAUGAGCUACAAGUGUAUUACGCUUCACCCAGAAGUUACCAAGACUUCUUUGAAGCCAUCCACAGAAGGGGAGACACAUUUUAUGUUGUGUCAUUUCGAAGGGAUCACUUGCUGUUACCAGCCACCACCCAUAAUAAGACCACAAGACCAAAGAUGUCAAUUGUUUUACCAGCAAUAAACAUAAAUGAUCUCCAACAUUCGCUCUCCCCAUCCCCCCAGCUGAUGUACUCACCAAAUGCUACAUUGAGAAAACAGAGAGAACGUGAUCAAUGGACAAGAUUAUGAAGUGAUGAUGCAGAUUGACUGUCAGGUGAUGGACACCAGGAUCCUCCACAUCAAAAGCUCCUCCGUUCCUCCUUACCUCCGAGAUCAGCAGAGGAACCAAACCAACACCUUCUUUGGUUCCCCUCCAGCAGCCCCGGAGGCAGCGCACGUUGUCAGCACCAUCCCCGAGUCACUACAGUAGCGCCCGGGGCUGCAUCGGAAAACUAAGAGUGGGACCUUGCCUCGCCGCGGAGCAGGUGAGGAAUGCUGCUUUCUGCCUCCUCGGUGGCGAGCACUGCCCCGCAACAGAAUCAGGGGACAGAGAGAAAAAAAGAAGCUGCUCUAUUUUCCACCAUCUGCCCACCUACUUGGAAAGCACUGAAAUCAGAAACAAGGGGAACAGCAUUUCUCCAGCGGCAGAUCCGGCCCUGCACCCUUGAGCGUUGCCUGGUGUAGAUUUUUUUCUGUACCUUUCUAAAUGUAUUCCCUCUGUUUGUUUUGUGUUUAAGUAAUCUUCUUUCAAGUAAGAUCCACUUCCCCUCUUCUGCCAUUUCAGUUAUUGAUACAGUAAAGGGAUUUUUAUUUAUGGCUAUGCAGCACUCAGAUGCAUCCACGGAUGAGAGUCCCCAUCAGUUUAAUGAAGACCCGUUGUGGAUAUUGUACCUGUAGGAAAAGAGAUUCCAAAAACAGGGCAGCCAGAAAGGUAUCCCCAAGAGUCAAAACAAUUUAGAGCUUUAGGUGAGAGGGAAAAUCCCCAUUUGAUAAAGUUUAUGUUGACUUGGGAUUCGCAGUUCACAUCUGACCCUACACAUGGCAACUGCCUCGGGGUUCAGGGUGGGUAGCAAAUCUGAGAAAAGGAAAUGGAAGAGAAGGGUCGGUGGGGGGCCUCUGACAGAGGAGUGGCUCCCCCAGGACAUGCGUUCGCAGCCCCGAGUUUGGUGCGACUGCCCUUUAAGAUGAAAGCCGCAGCUGCCAUUUGUCGGGCGGACUCUGCGCUGCUGAGCAUUGGCCUCCUCGUUCCCCAUCAGCUGCAGAUCGUCCAGGAGCGCAGGACAAAUCCUUCAUUUUAUCGUGACCCCCUCCCGCCCUUCACACCUGUCAGUGUGGUGACACGAGGUGCAGCAAAGGAACACCUGGUGGCUUUAGACUAAGCAAACGAGAGCUUUUUCCUCUAGAGGAUUGACAAGUAUUUAUUCCUUAAUACUAUGCAGACAGGCAGGCUUGGGGUCCUGCUAGGGAAUGCAUCCCAUAAUACGGCAAUAAUUUUCAGUCUCCCCAGUAAAAAGGCAUGUGAAAGGACUAACUAUUUGUCUUCCUAUGGUUAAAAAAAAAAAAACCCUUCUGUGUUCAUUUCUACUUUACUGUCCUUUCACUCCGCUUUUCUCCCUGGUGUCCACCUUCAGUCCCGUCCUCCCGCUCCUCCCAUGGAGCUUCGGUUUCUCGGGGGAACGGACCGCGAACGUGGCCGCCCCCCGCACAGGCCUGCCUGUCAGAUGUCUUCCCUCCCGCUCACACUGUCAGCCUCUUGCUCCAGAGGCUGGUAAGGGAAGGAGGCAUUGUCUCAACUCCUCCAGAAUUACCUGCAGCCAGUUGGCUUUCUGCCCGUGAAAUUAGGCUCCUAAAUGAUCUUGAAGAAUCAUGAGCACUUGGAACUCCCCGGCUAGGACGCCCCUGCACCCAAGCCUAUUCCACGCUGUCUGGGGAAACCAGCCGCACUUUCGUGAGGGGCAGAAGGGCCCUGUGGCUCUCUUACCUGGGAAGUGUCUGUCAGGCGUCUUGGGACCCGCGCGUGCACACCGUGGUACGUCAGCGCAGCUCUCCCCGUGCUUUGGCUGUCCGGGGAGAUUUCCAGACAAGAGCCGUUUUCCCUGGGGACCAUUCUUCCUUCUAAUGGGUGCCGAGGAACGGAAGACCCUUGGGCUGCAGGGCAUCUUCUCACGGACUAUCUUCUGGCCCUGUUCUUUCCCACCCUGUCCUGUGACUUAGCCAAACGAGCGACGGUGACUGACCACGUGGCUGUUCCCGAGCUGCUGGUUUCUGGGGGGAGCUGCCGUCGCUGUCUGGCGGAUACAGGCACAGAAAGCCUGCCCGGUUGCACAUGGUGGUGCCUCCCCACCUUUGCACUGACUCGCAGAAGGACAAACCGCCACCUAGCUGCUAUUUUAGCACUUUGCUUUUACUUUAUUCCCUCCACUCCUGCUUUUCCUGGGCCCAUUGGACCAACUCGGCAGACGGCAACUGUGUUUCGUGAGCUCACCUUCCUGCCUUUCUUCCCGGUGGAAAUGUAGGGGACAGUUAGGAAGGAGUCGUGACCAAAGAGCACACAGGUGUUAGCGGGACACUCCUGGUGUGAGGUAGGGCGCCUGCAAAGGAACAGCCAGAAGCAGUCUGGGAGCCUGGCCUGUUCACCAGAGCUGACUCUUCAGCUCCUUUUCCUGAAUUGAUCUUUUUGAGAUGAAGAACAGGAUUCUCCUCAGGCUAAUGUUUGGGGAAAUGAGUGAAAAGCAGGCUACUGACCCCUGCAAAGAAGCUUCUGCUCAUUGAUUGCUGUCAAAGCCAUUAUUAGUCCGCAGGACAGCAGUUGUGGUUAUGUUAACAUGUCCGCCAACACAAGCCCUCAGGAACUGGGAAGGUGCUCUGCCUGAUUAAUAAAUUAAGCUUGUGUUUUGGCCUAGUUUUGGGGGGAAUGAGAUUGCAUUUGGGAAUUGCAGCCAGGAAUUAUGGGAGAUACAUACGUGAGCAUGUAUCUAUACCCAUAUAUAUAUUUUUUAAUUGAUUAAGUUUUUAAAUGGUUUUUGCAAGCUUGUGAGAAAAUCAGGUAAAUUCACAGGAGGCAAUUCUCCAUUAUUCCAAUGACUUUGUGCUGCUGUUAAUACUGUCCUGGGACGUAAAGGUGGAGACGCUGGUAACGGUGUGCCCACCUGGUUACAGGUCCCAGGCUGUUUGGCUUAAUGGAAGUGCAUGUUCCCUCGUGCUGACCCCUGAAUCACGCCAGGAGCUUCUUCCUGUGGGAUCCACUCACGCAGCAGAACACGGACAGCGCCAUGACAGGGGCCUCUUUCUGAGGUUAGGGCUCGGCAGAGGAUCAUCUUGAAAUGAAUGUACUGUUUGCCAUGCUUGUAGUUUGGAAACUUUACACUAGAUUAUUGGGUGGGGUUGUCUUUUCCUAAGUAAGAAAAAAUCGCGCAUGCUUUUACAGAAAGCACAGAGCAUCUCCUGAUUUUUCUGUAAUUGACUACAAGCUCUCGCACAAAGCUGGCAUUUCUUUGCCUUUGCUCGUUAGCAAGAAGUAGACACAGAGGUAUUUGAAAGCAGUUAUGUUAUGAGUCAUUCUGGAUUGUUCUGAAUAAAUAUCACUAAGAAACAGACUAGGAACUUGGGAUUCAAACAGAUUUUUCUAUCAUUUUUAAAGAGACAACACUGUCAUGAUCAAACCUUCCUGGCGGGAGUCCCCUCCUUGCCGUGUACCGCAGCCGUGAGGGCGGUGACACUGGGGAGACUCGGCCGCUCUGCCGUUGGAGUGAUUAAAACCAGAGGACUCUCAAGCUCCUUGUGGCUUUUGCACUGUCUUCUGAUUCUUGCCAUUUUACUAAGCUCAGGUUGUGAAACUUGACAGAAAAAUAUCACAGGGAAAAUUAUGUCAUUUGACUUUUUAACACAUUGAAAAAUUUCAAAGCAACUUCGUCUUUCAACUGCCUAAUAGAAGUGAUUGCUUUACUAAUGAGCCAGAGUAAGAUUCUGUGACCCUUCGAUCUGACCUCAUGGAAAUUUUCCGCUCACAAAAGCCCUCUUUCCCCUACGCACUGGCGCGCCCGCUCGGCUGCCGGCAGCAGAUCCACAGGACCUGAGCGUCCAGUGAGACUUUCUUACUGUUGUCUGUUCAUACAGGUCAACCCCUCAAACAAGAUUGCUUAAUGCCAAAAUUGACAAACACUUGUUACCACCUAUGGACCCCUCUUUCUUUAUCAAGAGGUUAUAUUUGCCAGUCCUAAGUCAUUUUAAUUUACAGAAAUUAGGAUCUUUGCUGCUAAUAUGAAUACUAACUAUAACUUUUACCUUAAAAACAAGAAUAAAGCCUAAGAAAAAUUGAAGUGUAAGGAAUUUUCAUUCCUACCCCUAAAAACAUUUGGGAUGGGGCAGUUCCUGUUCCCCACCCCAAAGGGCUUGUGGUUGAUUUUUAAUUUUCUAGGAAACAGAAUACUGGACUACCCAGAAAGAUGUUGCUGGGGUCCAGGUAGAAUUACGCACAGGAAACAAAUGCAAUUUUCUUCUACCUGAAAAAAGAAAUCAGUGUAUGUCCUGUUAAUUUAUGUUUUUAAUGACUAGGCUUAAAGUUUAUUUUGGAUAAGACUAGAACUUUCAGCAAUUUAUGCUAAUAUCUGUGUUGUCUGUCAGUAUUUAUGAAAAGAAGGACAAAGGUAACUUGAUCAGGAUGUUUGGUCCUGCGUGUGAGCCGUGUUGUGGCUAGCUAGCCACGAUCAGGCAGUGGACACCGUGCUCGACAUUCUGGUUUGCUGACUUUAAGCAUUAGAGAUUCAGCCACGUUUAAAGACUUGUUAUAUAAGGCUGAGGAACCAAGCAGUCAGUGAGUCAUAGUUUUUCAUUUGCCAAGGUCAACAAACAGCACACACUCUUGCUGCUUGCCCCCAGUGAAGUCGGUGGCCAUUCGUUUAAUAAACAGACCCGGAGGCUUGGCAUCCACACACACCCCCAGUACAGUAAUCCCCGAUAGAGAUGAGCAGGCUGCCUUUCACCUUAAAUGCAUUUUGGAACACAUUGACUCACAGUCCUGAUUUCUAGAUCAGUCAUCUGGAUAAGAGAUGGUGGGGAAACAGAACCUCAGGUGAAACCUGUCGGCACUCCUGCUCUGCGAGAUUGUGCUCCCAUUCUGUUCUCAUCCUUCUGGCAAUUCACGCUGAGACCAGCAGUGCUUCACCCGUGGGCCAUCGGGACCUGAGGCGGGGGUGUUGGAGAGGCCAUUUCACCAAGAUUUUCCUUCUAAGGUUGUAUCCAUGCUAAACUAGAAUGGGUUAAAGAUGAGGAGGAGAGAUGUACCAUUCUCUCCUUUAAUAUUUAUGUUGGCUUACAAUACAUAAACACUGACAAGAGACACUUACAUGCUUUCAAGCAACUCUUUAUAAUGCAAUACUUGUUCUUUGUCUAAAAUUCAAAUUAAAAAUGUUAUAAAUUU